UAAUUGUAAAAAAACAAGGUUGUUUUUUUUUUUUUGUCACACGAAAAGAAAAUUUAAGAGUUAUUAACAACUGUAAAAUUAAACAGAAAUCAAUUAGCAAUUCGUAAGGUUGUUGUAUAAUAAAUUUAUUACAUUUUAAAUUAAACACUAGAGUAAAGCUCUACAAACAGCUAUAAGUAAUAUUUUAGCAAUCAAAGAAAGGAUUAAACAAUUCAAUACCCCGUACCCAAGUCAAUUGUAUAAAAAAAAAAAAACAUAAAAAUUAGCAAAAAGUAUCUUAUAUACAAAACUUUUAAUAAAAUACUUUUGUGAAAUAUUUCAGCUAGAAUAAUAAACUUUAUAAUAAAAUUAUUAUAAUUAAAACAAAAAAAUUUAAGUUAUAAGAUUUUAGCUAAAAAAAAGUUAGUGGGAUUUUGGCUAUAUUUUGACAAAAUCCUUAAAUGUAUUAAAAACACAUUAUUAAAAAAAACUAACUCAAGAAAACGCGUUUUGACAAUCAUAUAAAAUCAAUAGCGUAUAAAUAUCAAACAAAUAAUUAUAUCUAAAUAUAUAUAUAUACUUAUAAAACAGUGUGUUUACUCUUUUGAACAUCUGCUCCUCAAUCCCUCUUAACGACAAUCUUUUAAGGUCUAAAGAAUAAAUCUAAUCUUAAAUUCUUUACCCAAUCUAUGUGAUCUUUAUAUACAUAUAUAUAUCAAUCCUCAAAACUCUGACAAUCUGUCUACAAAUUUUACUCUUAAAAUUUAUACAAUUUAUACCAGUAGUUUAAUCUAAAAACAUUUCAUAUAAAAUAUUUAAUCACAACAUUUUAUCUCAAUAUAUAUUUAUAUAUAAAUAAUCUUUUCAAUUAUAAAACAAUCAAAAAAACUCAUACAUACUUAUAGUAUAAACUAAUUAACUAACUAUUGCACAAAUUUAUAUCAAUCAAUACUUAAUAUUCAAAUUUUAAACCAUUAAAUAUAGAUCUUCUUAUUGACAAUCUUAUUCAAUCAUCUAUAACUAUUUAUAGGCCUCUCCUCAAAUUUAAACUCAAAGUGUUUCAAUACAUUUUUUUUCUUAACUUAAAUCUUAAAAAAGCAACACUUAUAAAAUAAUCACAAAUAAACAAUCUACAGAAUUUACCUUAAUUUAUAUAAAUAUAUACAUAUAUAUAAACAUUUUAGCAAAUAAGUAGAAAUUAUAUUAUAUUUAUAACAAUUAAAACCUAAUCAAAUAAUCAAUCAAAGUGCAUAAUAUAGAAAAGAUAUAACAAUCAAGGCAACAAUUUGUUUAAUUAAAAUAAUUGCUAAAACAACAAAAAAUUUAAACAGACUUUACAGCCCAUAAAUCAAAACCCCAUUUAAAACACAUAACUAUAUUUGUCCUUUAAAACCAAACCCACAAAUUUUAUCCUUAUAACGACAAUUACUUCUUUCCUUCCUUCCUUUUCAAUAUCCCUAAAUACCACAAUAAUUUCGUUAUAAUCAACAAAUAACAACAAAUCAACAUCUACUUAAAUAAACGUUAAAUUUGUAUAAAUUCAUAUAUAAAAAAAUAAUAACCAACAACAUUAAAAGUUAAUUAAAUUUGCCAAAAAAAAAAUUAAAUAAACAAAAAUAUAAAAAAAUCACAGAAUUUAGUGUCAGUGUUAAAAAAAAAACGUUUGCAAAAGAAUAUUAAAUUUCUACAAAGCAGUUGCAGCUAAAACUACAACUUCAGCUUCAACAAAAUAAAAUAAGACAAGUUUUAACUUAACUUUAUAAUGCAAAUGCAGUUGUUACAAGCAGCACCAACACCAGCGCAUCCUCAUCAUUUGCAUAUGACGCCACAAACGUAUACUACGGCUACGUAUCCAGCAACAGCUGCUGCUGCAGCAGCCGCUGCCACUAUGCUGCAUCAACAGCAGCAGCAACAACAACAACAGCAGCAGCAUCAAUUCCAGAUGCAACAAUUCUAUGCUGCUCAACAACAACAACAGCAGCAACAGGCUGCUGUGGCCCAACAACAACAGCAGCAGCAGCAACAACAACAGCAGCAACAACUGCAAAUGUUGCAAACUUAUAUGCAAAUGCAAAUGAGUAAUGCCACCUCGCCCACUACGCCCACCAAAUACAAUUCCAAUCUAUUGGGCCAGGCUACACAGCAGCAGCAACCUGCUACAGCGGCCUUCUUCUCAACGGCCGCUGCUACACCCUUGACGAUCAUACCCACCUGUAAUGGCUCGGCAGCUGUGGCAGCCGCUAUGUUUGCAGCAAAUAUGGCUGGUACGACUUCAUCAUCGUCGUCAACAACUACUCCAUCCAAUAAUGUAAAUAAUAACAUUAGUCUAUCUGCAACUAGUUCUUCUCCAGCAGCAACUGCAGCGACUGGGGGAGCCUUCCUCAAUGCUCUGGCUACAACAAACGCUUUUACGUCUAUCAACACUAAUGGUCACCAUGCCCUUAACAACACUGGUCCUGGUCUCUUGGGUGGAGCACCCAAUGGCUUGCUGCAAACCAAUGACUUUAGCACCAAAUUUUUUACUAAAACAACCACUAUUGUGUCUAAUAAUAGUGGUGGCAGUUAUGUUGGUAUGCGUUCAGGUGCUGGUUUGCUAGGAAGUGCUCCUGGCUGUCCUACCAUUGAGUUGGCCAAUAAAACUUCGAAAUUAUUAUUGGCCACCUCACCAGUGGCCAGCCACAGUCAGACCACUUCUUUGGCUUCGAACUGCUCCAGCUCAAGUCGUUGCAGUUCUGCUUCUUCUGAUUGUUCUAUGCCAUCGCCAUCUUCAUUACACCUAUCUUCUCCUAAAAAGCGUGGUAGCGACGAACUUUUAAGUCAAGCAGCAGUUAUGGCGCCCGCUUCGGACAAUAAUAAUCAGGAUUUAGCCACAAAGAAAGCCAAAUUGGACUCAAGCACCGUACUGGGUGGAGUUGGUAAACCCUCAAAAGUUAUACAUUUGCGUAACAUUCCAAAUGAAUCGAGUGAUGCUGAUGUCAUUGCCUUGGGUGUACCUUUUGGCCGUGUCACAAAUGUUCUUAUAUUAAAGGGCAAAAAUCAAGCAUUUUUAGAAAUGGCCGAUGAAGUUUCCGCCACAGCAAUGGUCUCAUGUUAUAACAUUAAUCCGCCACAGAUGCGCGGUCGCAUGGUUUAUGUACAAUUUUCAAAUCAUCGUGAAUUAAAAACGGAUCAAAAUCAUGGCAACGCCAUUGUACCCGCUGAUUAUCGCAUACAAUCACCAGCAUCGGGCUCUCCAUUGCCUCUAACCAAUACCACAAAUACAGAUCUCACAGUGGCCGUUUUAACAAAUAAUACAAAUGCUGUUAAUUCUGUAUCCGGUAAUGCCAAUACUGCCGGUGGUCCCAAUACUGUUUUACGUGUUAUAGUCGAAUCUCAAUUGUAUCCCGUUUCCUUGGAUAUCUUACAUCAAAUAUUCCAACGUUUCGGCAAAGUUUUAAAAAUUGUUACAUUUACAAAAAAUAAUACAUUCCAGGCGCUCAUACAAUAUCCCGAUGCCCAUUCGGCUCAACAUGCUAAAACUAUUUUGGAUGGUCAAAAUAUUUACAAUGGCUGUUGUACGCUACGUAUUGAUAACAGCAAAAUGACUACGCUCAAUGUUAAAUACAAUAAUGAUAAGUCACGCGAUUUUACAAAUCCCUCAUUGCCACCUGGUGAACCGGGUGCCGAUAUUAUGCCCACCGCUGGCGGUUUAGUAAAUGCCAAUGAUUUACUAUUGAUAGCGGCCCGUCAAAGGCCCUCAUUAACAGGUGAUAAAAUAGUAAAUGGUUUAGGAGCACCCGGCGUGUUGCCACCAUUUGCUUUGGGCAUAGGUACUCCCUUGGCUGGAGGCUAUAGCAGUGGUAUACCCAAUUUGGGGGCAUUUGCUCUUGCCAAUAGUGGUGCUUUACAAACAGCCACCCCUGCUUUGCGUGGUUUCUCAAAUGUCUUGCUUGUUUCGAAUUUAAAUGAAGAGAUGGUCACGCCUGAUGCUCUAUUUACCCUCUUUGGUGUUUAUGGCGAUGUGCAACGUGUAAAGAUUUUAUAUAAUAAAAAGGAUUCAGCUCUUAUACAAAUGGCCGAACCACAGCAAGCUUAUUUGGCUAUGAAUCAUCUUGACAAAUUACGCUUGUGGGGCAAGGCGAUACGUGUUAUGGCCAGCAAACACCAGGCUGUACAACUGCCAAAAGAAGGACAACCCGAUGCCGGCCUUACACGUGACUACUCUCAGAAUCCAUUGCAUCGAUUCAAGAAACCAGGCAGCAAAAACUAUCAAAACAUCUAUCCGCCAUCGGCGACUUUGCAUUUAAGUAACAUUCCAUCAUCUUGCACUGAGGAAGAUAUAAAAGAAGCCUUUACCACUAAUAAUUUCGAAGUAAAAGCUUUCAAAUUUUUCCCUAAGGAUCGUAAAAUGGCCUUGUUGCAACUGUCCUCUGUUGAAGAAGCUGUUUUGGCUUUAAUUAAAAUGCACAAUCAUCAAUUGUCAGAAUCAAAUCAUUUACGUGUUAGUUUUUCGAAAUCAAAUAUCUGAACCAAUAAUUAUUAUCAUCAAUUUCACCACAACCACCACCACCAACAGCAACAACAACAAUACCACUACAACAACCACCAACAACAACCACACUAUUAUUUAUAUACAACUAAAAAUCUAUUAUUACCCGCAUGAAUCUUUCAAAAAGAGAUUUAAGAUUUAUAAAUAAAUAAUAAUUAAAAA